GGCCGACCGUCUCAUCCCGCGCAACUUGGGGACGGACAGUGGCCGUUUGGUGUUGAAUGUUCCCCUCGGAGAGCGCAUGGCUGCGGAAGCGAGGUGCGGGCCGGGCCCCCGAGCGGCCGCCGUAUGGGAGGCGGUGAUGCUACUGCUGUGCUUGGGAGUCCCGACCGGGCGCCCCUACAACGUGGACACCGAGAGCGCGCUGGUUUACAAGGGCCCCGCCGACACCCUGUUCGGCUACUCGGUGGUGCUGCACAGCCACGGGGCUAACCGAUGGCUCGUAGUCGGGGCGCCCACGGCCAGCUGGCUCGCCAACACUUCAGUGGUCAAUCCUGGGGCGAUUUACAGAUGCAGGAUUGGAAAGAACCCAGAGCGGACGUGCGAACAGCUCCAGCUGGGUAGCCCUAAUGGAGAACCUUGUGGAAAGACUUGUUUGGAAGAAAGAGACAAUCAGUGGUUGGGGGUCACGCUUUCCAGACAGCCAGGAGAAAAUGGCUCCAUUGUGACUUGUGGGCAUAGAUGGAAAAAUAUAUUUUACAUAAAGAAUGAAAAUAAGCUCCCCACGGGUGUUUGCUAUGGAAUGCCCUCUGAUUUACGAACAGAGCUGAGUAAAAGAAUAGCUCCAUGCUAUCAAGAUUAUGUGAGAAAAUUUGGAGAAAAUUUUGCAUCAUGUCAAGCUGGAAUAUCUAGUUUUUACACAGAGGACUUAAUUGUGAUGGGAGCUCCAGGAUCGUCCUAUUGGACCGGCUCUCUUUUUGUCUACAAUAUAACUACAAAUAAAUACAAAGCUUUUUUAGACAAACACAAUCAAGUGAAAUUCGGAAGUUAUUUAGGAUACUCGGUUGGAGCCGGUCAUUUUCGGAGUCGGCACACUACCGAAGUAGUUGGAGGAGCCCCUCAACAUGAACAGAUUGGUAAAGCAUACAUAUUCAGCAUUGAUGCAAAAGAACUAAAUAUCUUACAUGAAAUGAAAGGUAAAAAGCUUGGGUCUUAUUUCGGAGCUUCUAUCUGUGCCGUGGACCUCAACGCAGAUGGCUUCUCAGACCUACUUGUGGGAGCUCCCGUGCAGAGCACCGUCAGGGAGGAAGGAAGAGUGUUUGUGUACAUCAACUCUGGCUCUGGAGCAGUAAUGAAUGAAAUGGAAAUAGAGCUCAUUGGAAGUGACAAAUAUGCUGCAAGAUUUGGGGAAUCUAUAGUCAAUCUUGGCGACAUUGAUAAUGAUGGCUUUGAAGAUGUUGCUAUUGGAGCUCCACAGGAAGAUGACUUGCGAGGUGCUAUUUAUAUUUACAAUGGCCGAGCAGAUGGGAUCUCGUCAGCCUUCUCACAGAGAAUUGAAGGGCUUCAGAUCAGCAAAUCAUUAAGUAUGUUUGGACAGUCUAUAUCUGGACAAAUUGAUGCAGAUAAUAAUGGAUAUGUAGAUGUAGCAGUUGGUGCUUUUCGGUCUGAUUCUGCUGUGCUGCUAAGGACGAGACCUGUAGUGAUUGUCGAAGCUUCUUUAAACCAUCCUGAGUCAGUAAAUAGAACAAAUUUUAACUGUAUUGAAAAUGAAUUGCCUUCUGUGUGCAUGGAUCUAACACUCUGUUUCUCAUAUAAGGGCAAAGAGGUUCCAGGUUAUAUCGUUUUGUUUUAUAACAUGAGCCUGGAUGUGAACCGAAAGGCAGAGUCUCCAUCGAGAUUUUACUUUUCUUCCAAUGGAACUUCUGAUGUGAUUACAGGAAGCAUAAAAGUAUCAAGCAGAGUGGCUAACUGUAAAACACAUCAAGCAUUUAUGCGGAAAGAUGUACGGGACAUCCUCACCCCAAUUCAGAUUGAAGCCGCUUACCACCUGGGGCAUCAUGUCAUCAGUAAACGAAGUACAGAGGAAUUCCCACCACUUCAGCCAAUUCUUCAGCAGAAGAAAGAAAAAGACAUCAUUGCAAAAACAAUAAACUUUGCAAGAUUUUGUGCCCAUGAAAACUGUUCUGCUGAUUUACAGGUUUCUGCAAAAAUUGGAUUUUUGAAGCCACAUGAAAAUAAAACCUAUCUUGCUGUUGGAAGUAUGAAGACAUUAAUGUUGAACGUGUCCUUAUUUAAUGCCGGAGAUGAUGCAUAUGAGACAACUCUGCAUAUCAGACUACCCGCUGGUCUUUACUUCAUCAAGAUUUUAGAUCUGGAAGAGAAACAAAUAAACUGUGAAGUAACAGACAGCUCUGGCAUAGUAAAACUUGACUGCAGGGUUGGUUAUAUAUAUGUAGAUCACCUAUCAAGGACAGAUGUUAGCUUUCUUCUGGAUGCCAGCUCACUCAGCAGAGCAGAAGAGGAUCUCAACUUCACAGUGCACGCCGCCUGUGAAAAUGAAGGAGAUACAGGCAACGUGAAGCGUAACAAAGUGACUUUAACAGUACCUCUCAAGUAUGAAGUCAUGCUAACUGUUCAUGGGUUUGUAAACCCAACUUCGUUUGUGUAUGGACCAAAGGAGGAAAAUGAGCCUGAAACGUGCAUGGCAGAGAAAAUGAACUUCACUUUCCACGUGAUCAACACUGGCCAAAGCAUGGCUCCAAAUAUUAGUGUGGAAAUAAUGAUACCAAAUUCUUUUAUUCCCCAAACUGAUAGACUGUUCAACAUUUUGGAUGUCCAGACUACUGCUGGAGAAUGCCAUUUUAAGAAUUACCAAAGAAAGUGUGCAUUAGAGCAGAAAAAAGGCACAAUGGAGACCCUGAAAGAUAUAUUCAAAUUUUUGUCAAAGACUGAUAAGAGGCUACUGUACUGCAUGAAAGCUGAUCCACAUUGUUUAAAUUUCUCAUGCAAUUUUGGGAAAAUGGACAGUGGAAAAGAAGCCAGUGUUCACAUUCAGUUGGAAGGUCGGCCAUCCAUUUUAGAAAUGGAUGAGACUAGAGCCCUGAAGUUUGAAAUAAGAGCAACAGCUUUUCCAGAGCCAAAUCCAAAAGUUAUUGAACUAAACAAGGAUGAGAAUGUUGCACAUGUUCUACUCGAAGGACUACAUCAUCAAAGACCCAAACGCCAUUUCACUAUAGCGAUUAUUUUAAGUAGCUUGCUACUUGGACUUAUUUUACUUUUAUUGAUUUCAUAUGUUAUGUGGAAGGCUGGCUUCUUCAAAAGACAGUACAAGUCUAUCCUACAAGCAGAAAACAGAAGAGACAGUUGGAGUUACAUUAACAGUAAAAGCAAUAAAGAUGAUUGAAGACUUCUUUCAAAUUGAGAGAAUAACAGACUCAGGUUACAGUAUACUAAAAAAAUUUUAGACAUUGUUUACAAGAAACCGUGAAUUUUGCUCAGACUUCUUCUAUGUACUUCUUUUAGUUAUGACCUUGUGACAUGUUGUUAUGUCUUAAUGCAGAUGAAAAAUCCAAGCAAUGAUUAUUCUGAGAGAAAA